UUGGCAGGCAGCGUUGAGCUGGAGUAGAGAAACAACAACACAUCUAGCAGAUAACGGAAUUAUAUAAGUAUUCAAAUAUAUUGUCACCAGUAUAUUACCUAGUGUUGUUAAGUAGUUAAUUAGUGUAACUAAUGGUGCUGCGAUAGCUAACAUUAACCCUCAACAUUUCUUAGCUAGCAUAAGCUAGUUAGCUCGGAGCUAGCUAUAUUUGAUAAUUGUUGGAAAGUCUGGCAACUGGUAGCUAGGUUUCUUAUAACCAUGUGACUAGCUACAGUAAUGUUAAAUAUUAAUUGACAAACAAUUUGUUAACUCGACGUUGAAAAAUGUACAUUCAUUCAUCUUCAUUUGAUUUACAAGGCGAGCGAAAAUCUAUGUAUAAACAGUCUGAAAAUAGGUUCUUCAAAUGUGGUGAAAAGACAAGCCCUAUCAGUGUAAUUUUGGUUACUUCGGGUAGCCGAGGGAACAAAUUGCUCUUUAGGUACCCAUUUCAACGGGUUGCAGAUUGCACAUCAUCAUUCACGACAAAACAGCGAAGUCCAUAUGCAUUAAACACUACUGGAGAUGUUCUUGAAGACCCAGAUGGAGAUUCAAGAGAACAAACUCCACUAACUGAUGAACAGUUGGUAGCAGGGUUCUCUGACAUCAUCCUCGCCACUAUCUUGGCCACCAAGUCUGAUAUGUGUGGGAAGAAGUUUGAGCUGAAGAUAGACAAUGUGCGUUUCGUUGGGCACCCCACCCUCCUCCAGCAUCCUCACACCAUUCAGGUGUCCAAGAUAGACCCCUCACCUAAGAGGGAGAUGCCCACCAUGAUCCUGUUCAGUGUUGUGUUUGCUCUGAGGGCCAACGCCGACCCGUCAGUCAUCAGCUGCAUGCACAACCUGUCCCGGCGCAUCGCCAUCGCCCUGCAGCACGAGGAGCGCCGCUGCCAGUACCUCACCAGAGAGGCCAAGCUGAUGCUGGCCAUGCAGGACGAGGUCACCAACAUGACCGAGACUGAUGGCAGCCCUCAGUCACCGUUCAGACAAAUCCUUCCUAAAUGCAAGCUUGCCAGGGACUUGAAGGAGGCAUAUGACAGCCUGUGUACAACAGGGGUGGUGAGGCUCCAUAUCAACAACUGGCUGGAGGUGAGCUUCUGUUUACCUCACAAGAUCCACCGGGUAGGGGGCAACCACGUACCCCCAGAGGCUCUGGAGCGUAGCCUCAAGGCCAUAAGGCCGUAUCAUGCUCUGCUGUUGCUGGACAGUGAGAAGGCUCUGCUGGCCCAGCUGCCUUUGGAUUGCUCUCCUGCUCUGGUGCGCCUCAUUAAGACCUGCUCUGCAGUCAAGAACUUGCAACAGCUGGCACAGGAUGCAGACCUGAACCUGCUACAGAUCUUCCAGAUUGCUGCUCACCUGGUGUACUGGGGAAAAGCCAUCAUAGUAUACCCUCUGUGUGAGAACAAUGUCUACAUGCUGUCCCCACAUGCCAACAUCAGCCUGUACUCUCCAUUGGCUGAGGCGUUUCGCCAGCAGUUCCCAGGUUAUGACCUGCCUUCCAUGCUGGCCAAGUUCUCCCUUCCCCUCUCACUGUCUGAGUUUAGGAACCCACUGGAUGCUUCUGUGCAGGAGGCCCAGCUGAUCCAGAUGGUGGUGUGGAUGCUCCAGCGGCGCCUGCUGAUCCAGCUCCAUACCUACGUGUGUCUGCUGGUGCCCCCCAGUGAGGAGGAGCCAGGUCUGCUGCGGGACGAGGAGCUCCCCCUGGUGACCCGGGUGGGGGGCCGCAGCCUCAGUACGCCCAGCGCACUCAGCUUCGGAUCCCCAACCAGCAGUGAUGACAUGACCCUGACCAGUCCCAGUAUGGAUAACUCCAGUGCAGAACUGCUUCCUGGUGGAGACUCUCCACUAAACAGGAGGAUGACCGAGACGUUAUUGGCCAGCCUGACAGAGCACGAGCGCCAGGUCAUCCUCAACAUCCCGGCUGCACAGAGCCCUGAAGACCUGCGCAUGUUUGCCAGGCUGCUACACUAUUUCCGAGGGCACCAUCACCUGGAGGAGAUCAUGUAUAAUGAAAACAUGAGGCGCUCUCAGCUGAAGACCCUCUUUGACAAAUUCAGAAGUGUUCUGGUGGUCACCAACCAUGAGGACCCUGUCAUCUCCCUCUUCCAGUCUCCUCUGGAAUAGAGAGAGUAGAGAGGUCUGUCAUCUCCCUCUUCCAGUCUCCUCUGGAAUAGAGAGAGUAGAGAGGUCUGUCAUCUCCCUCUUCCAGUCUCCUCUGGAAUAGAGAGAGUAGAGAGGUCUGUCAUCUCCCUCUUCCAGUCUCCUCUGGAUUAGAGAGGUCUGUCAUGAGAUGAAGGACCCUUUCUGAAAUACCAGACGGACAGAAUGAUACAGACUGCUGCUGUACAAAGGUCUUAUUAUGGUGCUUGCUGCUUUCAGCCAACUGGAUAAUAUUGCAAUUUGAGGUAACUAAUAUACUGUACUCAUCUAUCAAUGCACCGAAAAAAAAAAUACUGAUUUAAAAAAGCAUAACUGUCUGCUCUGCUUGGGGGAAUGUGAGUAAAUGUAUAUAGCUUUUAGAUGAUUUAAUUUGUCCCUUUGUCUCUUAGAUGUUUUACGUUCAAUGCCUUGUUUUCAAUACUACAUGAUUGAAUAACAGUGUGUGAAGAGCUUUACUAAUACCUAUAAAUUGGGCAGUUUAAACACUGUACUCCACUUGAGCCUUUCCAGUUGGGGGAUUCCCAAAAGUGCUAAAUCAUCUCCAACAAACACAAUGUAGGAAAACAACCCCAAUGCUCAUUCCAGGCUACAGGCAAGGCUGCCUCCCCCAGGAGUCUCAGUGGGAGGGAAAGAAUGAAAAGAUGCCAAACAUCAGACAUGCUGUUUCUGCUUUGAGAGGAGGAGCACGACGUUCCAAACAUCAGGCAUGCUGUUUCUGCUUUGAGAGGAGGAGCACGACGUUCCAAACAUCAGGCAUGCUGUUUCUGCUUUGAGAGGAGGAGCACGACGUUCCAAACAUCAGACAUGCUGUUUCUGCUUUGAGAGGAGGAGCACGACGUUCCAAACAUCAGACAUGCUGUUUCUGCUUUGAGAGGAGGAGCACGACGUUCCAAACAUCAGACGUGCUGUUUCUGCUUUGAGAGGAGGAGCACGACGUUCCAAACAUCAGACGUGCUGUUUCUGCUUUGAGAGGAGGAGCACGACGUUCCAAACAUCAGACUUGCUGUUUCUGCUUUGAGAGGAGGAGCACGACGUUCCAAACAUCAGACAUGCUGUUUCUGCUUUGAGAGGAGGAGCACGACGUUCCAAACAUCAGACAUGCUGUUUCUGCUUUGAGAGGAGGAGCACGACGUUCCAAACAUCAGACAUGCUGUUUCUGCUUUGAGAGGAGGAGCACGACGUUCCAAACAUCAGACAUGCUGUUUCUGCUUUGAGAGGAGGAGCACGACGUUCCAAACAUCAGACAUGCUGUUUCUGCUUUGAGAGGAGGAGCACGACGUUCCAAACAUCAGACAUGCUGUUUCUGCUUUGAGAGGAGGAGCACGACGUUCCAAACAUCAGGCAUGCUGUUUCUGCUUUGAGAGGAGGAGCACGACGUUUCAGACAUGCUGUUUCUGCUUUGAGAGGAGGAGCACGACGUUCCAAACAUCAGACAUGCUGUUUCUGCUUUGAGAGGAGGAGCACAACGUUCCAAACAUCAGACAUGCUGUUUCUGCUUUGAGAGGAGGAGCACGACGUUCCAAACAUCAGACAUGCUGUUUCUGCUUUGAGAGGAGGAGCACGACGUUCCAAACAUCAGACAUGCUGUUUCUGCUUUGAGAGGAGCAUGACGUUCCAAACAUCAGACAUGCUGUUUCUGCUUUGAGAGGAGGAGCACGACGUUCCAAACAUCAGACAUGCUGUUUCUGCUUUGAGAGGAGGAGCACGACGUUCCAAACAUCAGACAUGCUGUUUCUGCUUUGAGAGGAGGAGCACGACGUUCCAAACAUCAGACAUGCUGUUUCUGCUUUGAGAGGAGGAGCAUGACGUUCCAAACAUCAGACAUACUGUUUCUGCUUUGAGAGGAGGAGCACGACGUUCCAAACAUCAGACAUGCUGUUUCUGCUUUGAGAGGAGGAGCACGACGUUCCAAACAUCAGACAUGCUGUUUCUGCUUUGAGAGGAGGAGCAUGACGUUCCAAACAUCAGACAUGCUGUUUCUGCUUUGAGAGGAGGAGCACGACGUUCCAAACAUCUGUGACAUCAAUGAUUCCAAAAUAACUUUUCAAGCAAGGACUUUUAUUAAAAAACAGGUGGAAGAUUGAGAAUGACUGGAAUGGAAAUUCUAGUUGCUUUGAUAGCAGGGAGGGGAGGCUAGAUCAAAUAUUUUACAGAUGUUUGGAAUGUAGUUUAAUCAUUUGUAGCAUACAAAUAUGGCAUAUUCCAUAUCUGUGGGAUUUGUGUUUGUGCAACAAUGUGUGUAUCUAUUGAGUCUGGAUUCCCCUCGGAGCAAACAUUUUGGCUUGGGGUCUUAUGCAAUGAUUUCCCCAUAGCUAGACCAAAUUACUGAAAUAGCUCAUAGCUGACAUGUUUUCACUUGCUCUAGCAUUAUGUCUGUAAAAACCUGGUUAUAGUUAAGAAAAAAACGUUAAGUAUGUACUCAUCAUGGUUUGAUACAAUUCCAAAAAUAUUCCCAGUUUCAACUCUCUGUCUCUGCCUGUUUGUCCACUACACUCACACAGUGGUGACCACGCAGAUAGAAGCGCAGGGGUUUGGUGGCCCAUUCCCCAUGAGAGUCAAUGCCGAUCCGGCUUGCUGAGACCACCUCCUUGAGGUCUGGCUCCUGCGGUCCUAUCUGGGGGUCCCUCUCCAGCCACACCUCUGGCUCUGAGGCUAGGUCUCUCCGGUCGAAGCAGCGUGGUAUGUCCAGGGCCUGGCACAGCUUUGAGGGACCAUUGCAUAGCUCCUUGUCCUUCAGGGGCCGGGCCCCGUCCCUCCGCCUGGCUGUCCGCAGCUGCCUCAUUAGAGGCAGGCCAUGUAGAGGCUCCAGAGCGCGCAGAAGCACGGCAGCACCCUCCCCUAGAGAGAACAAACACAGGGCAUGAUAGAGCGGAGCCAUACUGUCUCCUUCCUUUGCCCUUUCUCUAGUGUGAAUGGAUAAUAACGUGGUGCAACAUAUAAUAUAACGUCUUCAAUAAUGAGAAACAGUUGAAAAAAAGAGAACUAUGGCCUAAUGAAAGUAACAUGGGAGAUACAAGCCUGGGAGAUACAACACUACUUAGUCUCUAAUGAGGUGAUUUUCCUACAGAUAAGGCCAACACACUGAACUUUACUGCAUGUGGUUUUAAUGGCAGUUUGGUUUAUUAAUGGUGGUUUGUUCCACUGCCUUCAGGGUAAGCCUGGCUGUUGUACUGUUUUGUUGUAUGGUCUUACCUUGACUGGAAACAUUCAUACAGAGGUAGAUGCCGUAGAUGGGGUAUACAUAGAUGGUGCCAGGUUUCAUAAACAUUGCUGUGUUCCUCUCAGUGCAUUUUCCCCCAGCAGAGUGAGAGGCCUUGUCCUCUCCUCCCAGGUAGGCCUCAGUCUCCACCACCCUCCCUCUCAGCUCAGUGCCAUCCGCACUCCGACGCACCAAUACCUUGCAGCACAAACAAGGGAUGGCCUAAAUAAAGACUUUCUUUCA